GCUUAUAGGCUACAUAGCCUACCUCACAUAACGACCACGACUAUGAACAUAACUUCUCAGAGCAUCAACAUAAUGUCCUCCCUCUCUUUUAAAGAGGGACGACACAGCUGAGCGCCCAGCGAAGAAAUAUGAUUUUGAAGUCCCUGCUCCUACUUCUGAUCGUCGGCGAACUGAAGAUCACGAGAGCAGAGGAAGGUUGUGGCCCUCCCUCUCCGGUGGAACAUACCAUACCGAUAGAACAGACCAAGUUUCCUGUGAACCACUCAUUGCGUUACAAGUGUGAGCCUGGUUUUAGGAGGAAAGCGGGAACUUCAAACCAGAUCAAAUGCAAAUUCAACUCAACAUCACUAGCCUACAGCUGGCAUACACCUUUGCAUCUGAUUUGUGUCGCAACCUCCACGAAGAAAACGACAACUGCAACACCAGAGUACACAACCUCGACUGGCACUCCGCUCCCUACUGUAGGGCAAACAACCACCCAUGGGAAGCCGCACACCACACACACCAGCUUAGCACCUAAAGCUAUCGCUAGAGCAACCACCAGAGCCACCAGAACAUCAGUCACAUUCCCAGGCACCACCACCACCACAACAACAACUACAACAACAACAACAACAACAACAACAACAACAACAACAACAACAGAAGCAGCAGCUUGGGAGACAAGAGAGGCCACAGGGGCCCAUGUAAAGCCAACCAGUACAGGCAGCUCUGUGCAGAUGCCCACUAGGGCCUCUCCCAGUCCCACACUAGAUUCCAGUGUUUUUCUGCCACACUCCAAUCAGCCUGCUGUAGUGUCUGGAAGUGUUCUAGCGGUGGUUGCAUUUAUCUUACUGACGGGCCUCCUCUGUUUUUUCCGCUCAAAGAAAGCUCUGCCAUUCCGACAGAGAUACAACAUAGCGGAGACAGCAGCUGCCACCGAGAGAGUUGACAUGGCGACACAACCCAACACAGACUCUCACCCCAGUAGCGGUACGCCUCUGUGUGAAGAGGUUGUAUCAGACUCUGAUGGUCCGCCCUCGUAACAGACCAAAAGAAAAGCUCUUUACAGAGACUAAGGAGCAGAAUGUGUGGCUUAGUAUCUCCCAUCUCUUCCCCUGGACACGACACAAUAUACUGAAGGAAUGAAAAUCCUGAUUCCCAACCAGGGCCACAUCUGGUGUGGAUUUCGGUUCUCCGGUACCCUGCGGCACGCUGUAGUGAUGUGUAAACGCCGUCAUCAGAGUAAAGUGAGGUGGGUGAACACGGUGUGCUCUAUUUUCAAAUACUUGGAUUCCACUGUUUUCAGUACAACCCCACAGACCAGCACCAAACCCUUUCACCGCCAUCGCGUUAAUUACGAGUUCUAUUUUCGUUCCUGCCACUCAGUGAAAUCCAUUGUCUAUCGAAUGCUUGUCACAGUUUAAGAUUUUGUAUCAGUUCCAGUUUGAAUGUUUUAGCACACUCAUGUUUGCAACUUGGCCUACCUUCUCUGAAAGUUAGCAUUUUCCUGGCAGUUAACAUCUGUCUGUUAGUUAGCAUGUCUAAGAGUUAUCAUUUCACUGACUGUUGGCCUGUCUGGUAUCCAAGGGAACCAACCCAUAAUAUGCCCCAGAGCGCCUGAAACAUGUAUUUAUUUUCAUUUUUUUUUUUUACAAAUUUUCAUGAUUAAUUGUGUAGUUCUACUUUUUUUUCUGUUGGUAAAGCUGCUGCCUGGUUGUCAAACCUGUGGAAAUAGCUAUUUUAGUGAUAUUCCUUACUGUGUCACACUGUUAUUGCAAAGGUGUUAAAAUCAGGGUUCUAAAUUAACUUUUUUGAUCACCAGCCAAUGUGGCUGGUAACUUUCUAAAGUUACUAGCCAAUCAGAAUUUCUAUUAGCCAAUUUUUUUCCGGUGAAAAUAGGAGAAUUAUGAGUUUGAGAUGAGUGUCACUGAAUGCAUUUGGUCAUUUUAUUAAUAUUGUUGGCAUGAAUACAUACCACAAAAUAUACACAGAAAGUGCAAACACUUCAUUUCAUGAUUGGGAUCUCUAUCUAUUUCUCUGUCGAUAUCCUCAUCCCCUGCUUUACUCCUAUUUUCGCCCCCAUAAGUCUGUCCCAACCACUGCCGCAUUUAGUUUAAUCUUAACUUAAUAAAAAGGAGAUAUCAAUUAUCAUCAACAAUGACAAGCCAGCUAAAACCUGCCACUCGUUUUCUCUCAAUCUUCUGCGCACUCAGACACGUUGUCAAUUAAAUGGAGUAGCAUAGGGCCUAUGUUCAAGUUGGAUCUUUAUAGAGAGGACCCGAAAAGUAUC